UACAUCCAAUCAAUCAGCCACGUGGCGGUCGUGAAUCGUCAGUUUAUGAAUGAACAUAGACAGUGGUAUCAGUUGAUUGGAAGUAGGUGGGUCGCCGGGGCGCGCGGCAGUCCGCGGGCGGGCCGGACCGAGCGAUGUCGCGUCGCCCGCACCCCCGGCCGCGCCUACUGACGCGUCCCUGUCGCCAGGCCGCGCCCGACCCCGCACCGGCGCCCGAGCCGCCGCCGCAGCAGCCCGCAGACCCGCCGUCCGACGACGAGCGAGAGCCGGGAGACUGGCGCCCCUCCCGCCCCGCUACACCGCCGCAGCGCACCGACGACGUCUCCGAAGGCUCAGAAGCAACUGCUCGACCUACCAGAGCAGAACCAGCUAGCCGAUACGCUAACCUUAACUACUGGAAGGCCAGACGAGUCACCUUCUACAGAAAUGGAGAUCCUUUUCAUCCUGGUGUUGAGUUUCGCUUCAAGCCGGGCAGAGACCUUGCUUCCAUGGAUGCUCUGCUUGAUAGGCUGUCAGAAAGGCUGGAACUGCCCCGAGGAGCGAGGUUCAUCUUCGGUAUGGAUGGCGACAGAAAGUACAGGCUUGAGGAGUUGGAAGACGGAGCAUCCUAUGUCGUGUCUUCCUACAAAACUUUUAAGGCGGCAAGUUACGGCAAAAAGAACGGUAUGUGGUACGGAGGUACUACGACCGGGACCAGCGCUUGGUCGCGAGCUGGGACCCGCAAGCAAUCGGUCGCGGAGUCCGAUGCUCCUCCCCCGGGCGGCGGCAAGCCGGCCAGUGGUCGCGUCAUCAGGAUCAUUAAUAAUAUGGAUCAUUCUAUACAGUGUCGUGUGUUAUUGAACUUGCGAACGACACAACCAUUUGAGGAAGUAUUGGAAGAUUUGGGUCAGGUGUUAAAGAUGAGCGGCGCUAAGAGGAUGUACACAAUUACAGGACAGGAGGUGAGAAGUUUCUCUCAGCUGCGCAACGAGUUCGCCGAUGUGGAGACGUUCUACUUGGGGUCACUGAUGGUGGCUCCCGCGCUAAGUCCUGGAGUCAGUGCCCCACUACCUAUUGAGUCGCCUAUCAGAAGAUCUCGAUCACGGGGCAACGUGGCGGCUGCCCCGAUUUCUGAAGACAUGCGCGGAAGACGCGCGCGGAGCAAAAGCCGACCGCGCGUCCUUUACGCACCAGAAGGAGAAAUUGUUCGUAAUUCAGACUACACACUCCUGGAAGUUCUCAAAGAGGAACCGAUCCGGGUGACGAUAAGAGGUCUUAGACGCACAUUCUACCCUCCGAUACACCACGCACCGAUUGACAACUCUCCGCCUGAAAAGAAACUACAACUCGAUUGGGUCUACGGCUACCGCGGGUCGGACUCCCGUCGCAACCUGUGGGUGCUACCCACGGGAGAACUCCUGUAUUACGUCGCAGCGGUCGCCAUAAUGUACGACAGAGACGAGGAAUCACAGCGACACUACAUCGGUCACACUGAAGACAUACAAUGUAUGGAACUGCACCCAUCUCGCGAGCUGGUAGCAAGCGGUCAGCGCGCAGGCCGGGGCCGACGUGCGCAGGCGCACGUGCGCAUCUGGAGCACCGACACGCUGCAGACUCUGCACGUCUUCGGCAUGGCAGAGUUUGAGGCUGGAGUGUCUGCUGUCGCGUUUUCGCAACUUAAUGGCGGUAGCUACGUAUUGGCAGUAGACGCUGGCCGCGAGAGCAUUCUCUCUGUCUGGCAAUGGCAGUGGGGACAUCUACUCGGCAAAGUUGCUACGCUUCAAGAGGAGCUUACCGGUGCUGCCUUCCAUCCACUCGACGAUAACUUGCUAAUUACACAUGGAAAAGGACAUUUGGCGUUCUGGAAUCGCAGAAAAGAUGGAUUCUUCGAACGAACUGAUAUUAUCAAACCGCCUUCGCGUACACAUGUUACGGCAUUGCAGUUUGAGCAGGAUGGCGAUGUUGUGACUGCUGAUAGUGAUGGUUUCAUCACAAUAUAUAGUGUGGACAGCGAUGGCGCAUACUUUGUCAGAAUGGAGUUUGAGGCUCACAUCAAAGGCAUAAGCUCUCUAGUUAUGCUUUCCGAAGGCACUUUAAUAUCAGGAGGAGAAAAGGACAGGAAAAUUGCUGCUUGGGAUUCUUUACAAAAUUAUAAGAGGAUAACAGAGACAAAGUUGCCUGAAUCUGUUGGAGGUGUACGCAGUAUUUACCCUCAGAGACCGGGGAGGAAUGACGGGAAUAUAUACGUUGGCACCACUCGAAAUAAUAUCAUGGAAGGUUCUUUACAAAGAAGAUUUAAUCAGGUUGUAUUUGGACAUCACAAACAACUGAUGGGCUUGGCUGUACAUCCAGACGAUGAAAUGUUUGCCACUGCAGGACAUGACAAAAACAUUGCUUUAUGGAAAGGACACAAACUAGUGUUUGCUACUCAGGUUGGAUACGAGUGUGUAUCCCUGGCGUGGCAUCCGAGUGGUGGUGCGUUAGCUGCUGGAAGUACUGAAGGCCAUCUUGUAGUUCUAAAUGCUGAUGCAGGUGCACAUGUAGCCACGUUAAGAGUUUGUGGCUCACCUCUCAGUUGUUUGGCAUACAACUCCGCUGGUGACACUCUUGCCAUAGGGUCUCAAAACGGCAGUAUUUAUUUGUUCCGAGUAUCCCGCGAUGGCUUUUCAUACAAAAAAUCUAACAAAAUCAGAGGGGCUCAACCUCUCGUGCAACUGGACUGGAGUCUAGACGGCAAUUACUUACAAACUGUUACUGCUGAUUACGAUCUGGCCUUUUGGGAUAUCAAAUCUUUAUCACCAGAAAAGAGUCCGAUCGCUAUGAAAGAUGUGAAAUGGUCCACAUACAACUCCACUGUAGGAUUCCUUGUAUCAGGGAUGUGGAACAACCGUUUCUACCCAAUGACUACAUUGAUAUCGACAGCGAGUCGGUCGGCUGCACACGACCUUCUCGUAAGCGGUGACUUGGAUGGAUACGUGCGCCUGUUUAGAUAUCCGUGCGCAAGUCCAAAAGCAGAAUACAAUGAAAUGAAAGUGUACAGCGGAGCGAUAUACAGCGCUCGCUUCUUGUUCAACGACCGGUGCAUGAUCAGCGCCGGAGGCACCGACGCCGCCCUCAUGCUGUGGGACCUGGUGGAUGAUUAGCAUCAAGUAGCGCAGGGUCUGCGGCCGCCUGCGGUUGUGGUAGCUCCCCCCACACCCUCGCCUCCGCCCCACGCGCUCGUCUCCCAUCCCACUUUCAAAGUGCUGGAUUUUGAUGAACUUGAUUGAACCAUGUUCGAAAGUCUUGAGGGCUCUAUUUGAUGUUAUGGGUUUACCGUUAUUAUGAGGUUACUCCCCGAAUGUUAACUUGACAAUGAAACAUAUCUAUGUACUAGGCAUUUAAAUGACAAGUAUCAAGUACAUAUCAGAUAUUCUUGAAAAACGAACACGACACUUCGACCUUUUUGACACAUAAAUACCAGAGGUUUUAAGAGAAUUUAUCUAUUAUAUUUAAGUUACGUAGGUUUACAUGACACUGCCAUUCUAAAGUUGCAUAUAUUUAUAGGUGCAUAGUUAUAAAUCACGCUAUGUUAUUAAGUCAAAAUUAUAUUCGUAUAUUUUAGAAUAUAGCACAGUAAGGUCAAAAUGUAAAACAUUUUAUCUAAGAGAGUGCAAGCAUUUUAUGGAAUUGGUUACCUAAUGGUGCUGGUAAUUUAAGUAACAAAUAUUGAAAAUUAUAUUGGUAUUUCAUGCAAUAUUCAUUCUUAUUUAUAGUCACCUUAAUGUGUUGUUAUUUUGAAUAAAGCCUGUAACACUGCAUGCGACCCAUUAAAAUUAGCAGAAAAACAAUUGUAGUCAAACGCACAAUUUACAUAUUAAUAAAUAUAGGUUUAUAAUAAAAUAAAAAGAAAACACGAGGACUUCCGGAAUGUGGCAGGCCACAAACAAACAUUUUGUAUAUUCUUCUUUUGUUCUUCCUUUUACACCAAAUAUUGUACGAAUUGAAUUUCUUAUAUUGAUAAAGUGAUUAUUAUUUACACGGUACAAAUUAAUAAAGAGAUUUAAAAAAGUAUUAUGUAUACAAAAACACUGUUAAAGUUUGUCAAACAUAAUUUAUUGCGUCAUAUUUAUGUGAUAGGGUGAAGCAAAAAAUUAUAUUACCAUUUGACAUAGCUAUUGUAACAGUUUUUAUGAUCGUUAUAUUACAUUAAUGGACUCUAUGACACUCUGAAAACUGGACGCCGUCUUCAGUACUUGAACAAUUUAUUGAAUUAAAAAGUCCUAAGUCCAAGUAGACCCUUCUCUUAGUUUUUUUAUGAAUCUCUUCUAUAUUGUGUAUAAGUAAACUACUUAUUUUAACAAAAAUGUUCUAGUAAAACUAAGAUGUUAUAAUGAUACCAUCACAUUUCACUAUUAAAAAGCUUCUCCACUACAAUAAAAUAACUACAUAAUAUAUAGUUGUAGCUUUCAAUUUAUGAAAUAAUAUGUAAAAUAUUAAUUAUCAUUCAUGAUAUAUUUAUUUAGGUAAUGAUGCAAACUGAAAAGAAUUUAUUCAUAGUUGUGUCCAUA